AUGGAUGAACAUGCAACUGAAUCACGGGCAUGGUCAAAAGUUGCUCCACUUCCCUUCAGCCUCCACAUAUUUCAACCGGCUCAGACCACGUCGGUCUGCACCAAAGUCACCAAAGUCCGACUCCAAGAAGGCAUCCCCCCUAACGAUGCGUGCCAGCCAGGCUUCUUCAAGGCGUUUGCAGGCAACAUCAAGUGUUCCAAGUGCCCGCCCCACAGUCACAGCUACGGGGAAGGUGCCGCCGUCUGCCGCUGUGAGCUGGGCUUCUUCAGGGCCGCCAAGGAUCCUCCCACUAUGGCGUGCACGCGUCCUCCUUCCCCUCCCCGCAACGUACUUUUCGCCCUGAACGACACGUGUCUGACGCUGGAGUGGUCGCCGCCCAGCGACGCCGGGGGCCGCCGGGACCUCACCUACGACGUCCGGUGCCAACGCUGCGGCGCCACACCGGAGCAGUGCCGGCUGUGCGAGGAAGACCUGCGCUUCCUGCCGCGGCCGUCGGGCCUGACCGGCGCCUCGGUCACCGUCACGGACUUCUCGGCGCACGCCAACUACACCUUCGAGAUCGAGUCGCUCAACGGGGUGUCGGGCAUGAGCUUGUUUCCUCGCCAGGUCGCCGUCAUAACCGUCAGCACGGACCACCGCGAUCUGGUCUAG